UGUGUCCUCGGGGGGCGUGGGGGGGCUGAGGGAUUUCCUCCCCCCUAUUGUUCUCGUCCCUCCGCGCCCCCCGGUAAUCUCCCUCAAUCUGGGGCAGGGGAGGGCGGGGGGACCCCCCCAGUCCCGCCGGUCCAUGGUGAGGCGGAGGCGCCGGCAGCACCCAGAGAAUGGUGAAUAACACUGAAGACCCUCAAGAGGCUUUGUAACGUCCCAUCCUCAUGUAAAGUAUGCUCAGAACUUUUCCAGUAGUCUGGAAGUAUGUUGGAUUUCAGUAUUACAAUCACCACUUGAAAUUGUAAAGAUCUGGUUCACAGCAGGAGAGAAGUCUGAAGCCUGCUGGAAACCAUGUCUCACUAUACAGACGAGCCAAGAUUCACCAUAGAGCAGAUCGACCUCCUGCAGCGCCUGAGACGCACGGGAAUGACCAGGCAUGAGAUCCUGCACGCCCUGGAAACCUUGGACCGUCUGGACCAAGAGCACAGCGACAAAUUCGGGAGAAGGUCCGGCUACGGAGGCGGCUCCUACGGCAACAGCACCAACAACGUCCCGGCCUCGUCCUCCACGGCCACGGCUUCCACGCAGACGCAGCACUCCGGGAUGUCCCCGUCCCCGAGCAACAGUUACGACACCUCCCCACAGCCUUGCACUACGAAUCAGAACGGGAGGGAAAGUAACGAGAGGUUGUCUGCCUUCAACGGGAAGAUGUCGCCCACCCGCUACCCCCUGGCCAACAGCCUGGCCCAGAGGUCCUACAGCUUCGAGGCUUCCGAGGAGGACUUGGACAUCGACGACAAAGUGGAGGAGCUGAUGAGGAGGGACAGCAGUGUGAUAAAGGAGGAAAUCAAAGCCUUCCUCGCCAACCGGAGAAUUUCCCAAGCAGUUGUUGCACAGGUAACAGGUAUCAGUCAGAGCCGGAUCUCCCAUUGGCUGUUGCAGCAGGGGUCAGACCUGAGUGAACAGAAGAAAAGGGCAUUUUACAGAUGGUACCAGCUUGAGAAGACAAAUCCUGGGGCUACACUAAGCAUGAGACCUGCUCCCAUCCCAAUAGAAGAGCCAGAAUGGAGACAGACGCCUCCCCCAGUCACAGCUACCUCUGGGACCUUCAGACUACGGCGAGGCAGUCGGUUCACGUGGAGAAAGGAGUGCCUGGCUGUUAUGGAGAGUUACUUCAAUGAGAAUCAAUAUCCCGACGAGGCAAAGAGAGAAGAAAUUGCCAACGCCUGUAAUGCAGUUAUCCAAAAACCAGGAAAAAAGUUGUCGGAUUUGGAGCGAGUUACCUCCCUCAAAGUGUACAACUGGUUUGCCAACAGGAGGAAGGAGAUCAAGAGAAGAGCCAAUAUUGAAGCAGCAAUCCUGGAGAGCCAUGGAAUAGAUGUACAGAGUCCAGGAGGGCACUCCAACAGCGACGACGUGGACGGCAACGACUACUCAGAGCAGGACACUUGGCAAGUACGCAACGGGGAGGAGGAGGGACGAUGUUCCGAGGGAGGCAGAGAAGCAGAGAAGGUAGAAGAAGACAGGAGGAUCUGCUCCAAACAAGAUGACAGCACUAGCCAUAGUGACCACCAAGACCCCAUUUCCUUAGCAGUGGAGAUGGCAGCAGUCAACCACACCAUCCUGGCACUGGCCCGGCAAGGAGCCAACGAGAUCAAGACAGAGGCUCUGGACGACGACUGAUGCCAAGAGAGGGGAGGGUCAAAGCAAGAAGUAACUUAGUUUUAGACGUAGCACCUUAGCAGACUUUCCUCGGUCCUUAAUAUGUGUUCUUACAGUAUAACUUUGCAGUUUCUUGUACGUCAGUUAGCUGUUAGGGUCUUGUUCUGUGAAGAUGGCAUGGUGCCCUCAGCCUUUGCAUAUACUCUCUCAGUAUUAAUUCCCAAUAAAUAAUCAAUCAACCAACCAACCUCCCUCUCCCGGCCCCCAGUGGCUAGAAAGGUAAAAUUAAAAAAAAAAAAAAAAAAAAAAAGGAAAAAAAAAGGAAAAAAAAAAAAAUCUUGCUGCUCUGUCUUAGCAUUCAAAGUGCUUCCAGGUAUUUUAGACAGCCCUCAAUUACAAGUCUUAGGCUACACUUAAAAUCUUGGAUAACCUUAGAGAUGGUGUUGAAACCGAUAGUCCGUACGCUUUCCCUGCCCUGAGACUGAAAGGAUGCAAGCUGAGGUAGUGGCACAGGGUUGAUGGACACCAGACUGGGAGUAUCAACAGAGAGUAAAAAGAACACUUAGAAACCCCACUCCAGCAUGGGAAUAAAUGAUUUCCAGCUGCAAUAAGCCGUGCCUCACUGGUCAUACAGUGACUCCGUUUACUUUCGGGUGCUGUGCCGAGAAUGUCCAUUGGAAACACAUUCCCACAUUUCAGCUGAUGCUCACAUAUUCAGCACAGACAUCCUCUGCUCUCACAAGCUGCGUGGCUUAGUGGAGAAGUGCUGCCUUCUGCCUCUGCGACCAUGGGUGAAGCCCAGCCUGGGAUCAAAUGAAAAAUGAGCUGAAUGUCUAAUGGACAACAGUCCACUUCUCAGAACCACUGCUCGUUCUUGGCAUGGCUGGCAGUGCCUGCUCAGAAGAGGUCUAGACUCUUAGCCAUCUGUCAUUAACAAUUUCACCUUUAAUUCCUCCUCUCUCACCUUUUCUGUCCCCACUCUGCUCCCCUCUUCACUUUGCCACUUUCGAAAGCAAUGUUUUCCAGGAAGGUUGUUAAGGUCCUAGAAUGGGUGAGUGGAUUUUUACACGUCUGUGUAAGUAAUGCCUACGUCCUGACUAGCCUGAAAGGUUACUGGAGAAUUCGACACCUGACCUUUGCUAGAUAACCAUCAGAGCAUAAAUAUUCUCCUAAAUAUGAACUUUUUUUGUUUGUUGGAAGGCAGGAGGAUCUCUUACCUGAGAAAUGGGGUGUGAAUGUUUUGUGUUCUCUUUACUCUGUCUUUGUUAAGGUGUGAGAAAGCUAUACUGCUACGAGCAAUUUAAUUAAUAAUUGGAAGCCAUACUGAUAAUGGAUGUGGUAAUAUUUGUAAAGCAAACCUACUCUAAGUAGCAGGAACUAAUGGAAUUGUUUUCCUUGAUCAUAUGUAGCACUUUUGUUACUUUUUUCUUAAAGAUAUUUAUAUUUGAUAAGUCUUUUUUUUAUCAUUUGAGAAUUCCAAAUACCAAACAGCAAACUUGCAUUACAGAGUCACCCUGCGAUCACCUUGUCAUCUAGUAUCUAAAUGAUGAACUGUGUGUGCAUCUAAGAAAAUUACAUCUGCUAGCAUUGUGUGGAAAUGAUCUCCUGGCAUCCUGAUAAAAUGAUAUGUUGCUGCCGGUAAGAGGAAACGUUUUGAUGGAAACAGCACGAGAAGCGUUAGAGACGGGCAGGGCUGUGUUACAUUAACAGAGAACAAAUUAAAAACCUACGGAAAUUUUUUGCCUAGAGACACAUGCAGAAAAGUUUGCAUAGCAUUUCCUCCACAUUCCGCUUUCUCUUCCCAGUUCGUGCAGGGAUAGCCUAAAGAGGGGAAAACAGCUCGAGGAUGGGUUUCCCUUUGCUCCCCUCCACUUUCGAGGUGGAGCAAAGGGAAAUUCCUGUUACUCGCCUUGUUCUCAUCCCUUCCUCCCUCUUAACCCUCAGAGAGCUUCGUGAUGGCUCCAGCGUGGCUCCUCAGCAGGUUUUGAGCCAGGCUGAGCCCUCCAGCUCAGCUUUUCCUCUGUCCAUGUGGAGCAAACUGCUCCCCCACGUGCCAAGGAGAUCCUGUGCUCUCAGAGGGCACCGCCGUGCCACCUCUCUGUCCCUUGGAAGAUCUAUAGGUAGGGCUUGGCCUCGACUUCCACUUCUGGAUUUCAUUGGAAAAUUUAUGUGCUUUCCUGAGAUACAGAUCACUGGAGCAGAAUGAAGCCAUCUUUUUUUCCCUUUUUAUUGCAUUUCUUGAGUAGGCAAAUUCAUGAGAAGCGUCAGGGCGGACUCAGGAAAGGCAGGACUUGGAUCAGUGACCAUUGCACCACUGCAGUUAUUUUCUUACUGCCUGUAUGAAUGUUUUGGUACUUAGGAGUGAAGGGAUGGGGAGAGCUUUUAUUUCUAUUUUUGCACAGCAGAAUGAUCGAGCAAACUCGAGCCUUAGUGGAAUUUUACCUACUUACUCAUUCCACAGUCACACACUGAGCUGACAAGCAACAUCCACGAUUUAUAGUAAGGAGAUUUUAAUAAUCGAUGACCUCUUUACGUUGGGCUUGCCAUCACCAUUUGUUCUGGCUGUUUCAUUUUAAAAAGAACAGACUCAAACUGUUGGACAGCUGCAAUUUUAAAAGAAAUAUUGCUUAUUGCUUACUGUAGUAUCUGUAAAAAAAAAAGGCAUUGUUUGAGGCUUUGCCUUUUUAAAGCGAUAGGGAAGAAUAAAAAUAGUAUUAGAACUUCUGUAUCCUGAUUAUAGGUUCAUGUGAUGCAGGAUCAAAGUAGCACCACUGAAAUUGUGUGUCUGUACCAUCUAAUGUAGAAUAAUCUGGUCUUAAUUCUCUUUGUCACUGUCAGGAAGCUGCUGACAUCCCACACAGUAUCUUCUCUGAAGGUUAAACAGGUAAAAAACCCCUUGUGAGCAACUGGAGAUUGGCAGAUCUUCCUGGGCUGUAAAUACCCAGUUUUCUACCUUUCCACAUUGUCAUCUUACCAGAGAAAAUAUCAAAUAUCUGGGGACUCAGCCCCUUGGUUCCGUGGGGUCAGUGUUUGGGGUGUGUCUGUUCUGGCUUCUCUUUGGGCAUCGGGAGCUACAAGGAACGAGUGGCACCUCAGCUGUCCCCAGGGUGCUCCUGGCAGGUUGUUCCCUUCAUUCUGGAAGUUCAUAAGGAGCCAUUUGCAGCUGGUCAGUCCCUUUUUGGUUUGAGGUGAAUUAUCUGGGAUGGGACAGGUGCUGAUGUGAUGGUACCGAGGCGAGCGGAUGUGAUCUGGAGUAAGCGAAAGAAUUGGUGGAGGGUGUGUCCUAGAAUUCAGGAAUCCUGGAAUUCUCUCUUUUGGGGUCUUUUCCACGAUAUGGGAGUUGUCUUUGUCUUUCUGUCUGUGGGCUGCCUUGGAAAUGAAGCCUCAUUUUGGUAGCACUGCAGUGGAGUGGCAGUUUGCUGUAGCCAGGCUGGAGUCACUGCAGUUUGUUCCCUGGGGGUUCCCUUGAAGUGGCUCCGGUGGCAGAUCUGAGCUACCUUUUUGUUCUGUGAACAGAGAAGAAGUUAUUUUAGAAGCUCCUCAUCUGUGAUGGUCACAGAUUCCUUUUACCUUCGUAGAGUGAGUUCUAGCUGAUAUUUUGUCCCUCAUACUUGAGUUGUUGUCUCUGACCGUCUUCUUAAAAAAAAACAAUUUCUACCUCCACUUCUUUUCUGGAUUGUUUUGGUGUUGGGUAUUUUUUUAGUUCCCCCACCCUUUUUCCUGAAGUAUGAGAUCCCAAACAUUUGCAAAAGCCUUAUGAGUUGAUAAAAAUCAGCAGAAAUUUGUUUUCUGUUGAAUACUCUGCAGACACACAUGUGGUUAUAGUGAAAUCCUGUGCUGGAUGUGAGUCUGCAGUGCACCCUUGCAGCAAUUGAGGAAUCUCAUUAAGAGCCUUCAGGAGGUCAUGGAAAGGGUUUGGACCCCUCAGUCCAUCAUUUGUGGGGCCAUUGCAUGGGCAGGAGGGGGAAGACGGGAGGGUUGGAGCACAUGUCACAUACUGGGAGGUUGCAGAAGCUGGGAUUGUCCAGGCUGGCUCUGGGGACAUCCCAGAUUUUGGGUUUUAACUGUCUUAAUUAAUUAGUUUUGACUUGGGGGUCCAGUGGAGGAUCAGGAGUUGGACUUUGAUGAUCCUUGUGGGUCCCUUCCAACUCAGGAUAUUCUUUGAUUCCAGAGAAGACAGAGCCAGGCUCUUCUCAGAGGUGCCCAGCAAAACCCUGAGUGGCAGAGGGCUGAAGUUGCAUGUAGGAAAAUCCCAGAUGAAUAUAAAUAGAAGUAUUUUCAUGCUCAGUGGUAGAAAUGGCCCAGAAAGUCAGUGAAAUUCCUAUCCUUGGGGAUACUCAAAAUUCAACUGGACAGGGUUGGAUUAGAGACCUCCAGAGGUCUCUUCUGACCUAAAUUAUUUUCAGAUUCUGUGCAGACCUGCUCAGGCUGAGGUGUUCCCCAGUUCUGAUUUGUACUUGUUGACUUGUUCAAAGAAAUUCUGUUAAUUUGUUGGGGUUUUUUUUCUGUUUUACUGUUCAUAAAAAUUACCUUUUCUAGUUUACUAAGAGAGGGGAGCUUUAUUUGCAGGGUCUGGCUCCAGGCUCCAAUCAAGCCAUAAGUUAGAGAUUUCAUUAAUUAUUUGCUCUGUUUACACAGUUCUUCAGGGAUAUUUGACUUAUUCUGUUUGUUUCAUUGCCUAACAUCAGACUGGUAAGUUUUUCAUGUUUUUGUAACAUUUGUGAUUUGUAGAUCAGUUUUUGCCUUCAUUUGUGAAGAUUAAUCUUUGUCUUGCUGCUGUGAGUGCAAGUGAGAAACUCCACAUAGCUGAACCUAUUUCAGUAAAAAUUGGGAUUAACUCAAGACCACUGGUGACUGCUGUGGUAAACCAGAAAUUUUGGGUCAGUAAAUCACAAAUUGAUGAUUAUUAGGAGCUGAAAAUUGAUUGGGAAAAAGUCAGAUUAUGCUCACUUUCCUUAUGCUGUUGGCCACUUCUAGGAAAAGCGGUGUGGUAGUUGAAAUAGGUUUUAUUUUUCAUUCAGAUAAACCCACUAAAAUUGGUAUAAGAAUUUUCCAAACUCAGAAUUGCUGCCUUGAUGCAGGAUGUUGGUUCCCUGUGAGUGAUCCUAACUAGAAUCCCAAGCUGGAGUCACAUUUUCCUUUGCAAAUUACUACAUGCACUGUGAGGCUUUGCCCAUAAUCCUGAGCUGUGAGUGUUCAGCUGGGGGUGGUUUCCAACCCCUCCCCUACUCUUUUUAAUUUAUCCCUACUCAUUUGAAGUAAUAUUUAUAGUAAUGUUCCUCCUCCCACUCCAGCUCCAUCAUGGUGCAUCCCCCACUUCCCAGUGCUCAUCAGCUUCUUUCAAACUCACUGUGUGAUUACCAGCAAAUUCUGGGGGGUUUUGUCAAAACUUUGCUCUUAUUUGAUCUGAGUUUUCUCACUCAAGUAGCUCCUGCACUCUUUGAAGUUAUUUAACUUGAUAAUACGAUUUUGAUCAAAGUCUUAAGCUUAUAGGCAAUAAUCUUUGGUUUGGUGCAGCUUUUGGCAUUUGGCAGGAAUCUUUGUUGGCAGGAUUGGUCUUAAAAUCGUGUUACAUGUCAGUGACCUUAAUAUGUGUUCCUUACAUGGAUUUUGUGUGUUUGUAGCAGCAGUCAGGGGUUGGAUCCUGAGCACAGCUACUUUAAUGGAGUUUUGUGGAGUUUUCACUGUGAUUCCUUGGAAGGGAAGGUUGAUGGCCUGACCAAAAAAAUACCUUGCAGUUCCCGAGAAGAGUUGCAGAGAUAUUUCAACCUAAAACAUUCCCCUUUGGGCUUUUGAGCAGCUGGGAUAUUUACUCAGGAUAUUGGAUCAGUUAUUGGCCAAAAGGGAUUUGGUACAGCCCUAAACCCUUCAUUUCAGCCUCUCUUGCUGCUGUCAAAUUUACGGGGUUUAAACUGUCUGACUAAAGACGUUGCACAUUUGUGAAAACCAGAGGCAUUCUAGAGAUGGCAGCUACAAAUCCAAAUUUAAAAUACACUGAAAUUAUCUUUUUUUUUUUCCUUUGUGAGAAAUGUGUUACAACUAGAGGAGCGUGGUGGAGUGUUUUGAGGUCUGUCACUAAGGUGACAGUGAUUUGAUGUUGGUUUUUGUCCAACAAACGUAAAUCAGAUCAAACCAAUGGAAGUUUAUCUCAGUGGCAGCAGUGAGGCAGAGGGAGAAAAAUUUAAACUCUUUUACUAAAGAGUUUGUUGCCAUCCUUGGCCUUAGGUUUUGUCACUUGAAAAUAGCCUGGAAUUGUUUGUUCUGUAGUUUAUAUCAGAGAAUUUUGGAAUGGGUUGAGUGGGAAGGGAUUUUAAAGAGCACCCAGUCCCACCCAUGCCAUUGACAGGGACACCUUCCACUAUCCCAGGUUGCUCCAAGCCCCAGUGUCCGUCCUGGCCUUGGACACUUCCAGGGAUGGAGCAGCCCCAACUGCCACGGAGCUAGAAAAGAAUUUGCCAUUUGAAGCAGGGGGAAAAUUCACAAAACAUUUUAAAUGUCCCUUUUAAUCAGGCUGAUGCAGCCAAAGAACCGAUGGGCUUGAUGGCUGCAGUGUGGAGCUCUUUCCCAUUCUUUCAGGGAGGUCUGGAGUGCUCCAGUCAAGAGCUCAAGCAGGAAUGAACCGAAGCCAUUGAGCUGGAGCGGGCUGGUGAGGGGCCUUUGAUGUUUCUGUAUGUGCAGAGCAUCUCUCCCUCAGCUGCCUUGGCAGAAGCCUCCCUCUGCCAUUUAUUCCCUCUCUGCUCAAUGGCAGCGGGUGUGUUCUGCUGAUCAAAACACCCAGCACACUUGUGCUGAAUCCUUUCAGGCUGCAGCCAGGGUAAUUGGGAUGGGCAGGAUAAAUGCAUGGGAGUAUGGCAGUCACAGUGAUGGCAGCUCUUUUCAAUGGCUGGGUGUCCCUGACGGGUAAUUAGCAGCUUUAGAACUGUGGGGAUUGGCAUGGCCGUGAUUAAAAGGAUUUCUGUCUUUUCUGUGAUUGAAAACAGGAGAUCUCCCGCCCCCUAAUUCUCUUUUAAUACCGGUGUUAUUAGUGACACUUGGAACACAGCUCCUCUGUAAACUUAAAUAAUGACCUCAGUGAAUGGUGACUUAAAACAGCAGGGACUGAACCGAGCUCAGUUUUCUAUGCAAAGCUGCUCCUCCCGAUUCUGUGUUCCCUGCUCCACGUGCCUGUCACUCCCAGUGAGUUUGGGAGACAAAGAGGACAUUUGGUUGUGUGACAGCCUGGGGACAGAUUGCCCAGGGCCUGGUUUAGCUCUUCUGGCUCAUUUUGGAUUUAAGGAGAUGAAGAGGAUGAGCCGUGAACUCCCCUGGACUCAUCCUGAGUUUUCACCUCUCUGCAGGUGGAGGGUUCCUUGGAGCAGGGAAUGUCCCUGGCUCUCGGGUGCCAUUCCAAAUUCCCAUUCCCUCUUUGGAAGCCUUAUCAGCCCUUGUUGCCAUGUUCUCCCCCAGCUCUGCUCUCUCAGCUAACACAGUGUAGUGAUGGGAGCUAAUUUCCCUUUUUCCUUAAAAAAAAAUCUCAAAAUACCCCCCACAGGAGAGCUGCUGGACACCAUCGUUGCCAUUCACCCAGGAUAUCUGGUGGUGACCCAAAAUAUCAUCAUUUUCCCUUAAUCUGUUGCUGUAGUCUCCAAAAGCAUCUGCCAUGGGGUGUUCUGUGCCUUUUAAAUCUGUUUUUGUGAGUGUCUGUUGCCCCCUGAGUACUUCAGAGCCUGUGCUCCAUUUUUGCCCUUAAGUUUCUUGACCAGAUUUUUCCAUGGUGCUGUUCUCCACUUACAAACAGGUUUCCACAUUUUGUUGGCAUGUAAAGAUGCUUAGAGGGACUCUUGAGUCAAAUUUAGUAAAACUAGCAGCUUCCUAUCACCAAAAAAUCCUCGAGAGAAUUUAGGGACUUCCUUAGGCUUUUAUUUAAAUCUUCCAGUUCCUUUUCAGCUUCUUUGCACUGAAAUCCAUGUGAAUCCCAGUUCAGAGCAGACCUGUGGCCGUGGGUACUUCAGUGCUUCGAGCACAGUUCCCACCACUGCACUCACAGUACCAAUGGGAACAACUUCUGUUUUAGAAAAUGUAUUUUUAGAUAUUCACUUGCUGCUGUCACUGGCCUCAAUUCAGCUUCCCGUCCUCCUCUCCCUUCUCCUUAACUAAUUAAAGUCUUCCAUGUUAUGGCAAGAUGGCAUAUGUAGCUUAAAUAACCCACCUCUUUAAUUAAGAGGUUGGAUUCAGCCUUCUGAGAUAUAUUUGACAUCAUUUGAGAUUUAAAAAUACAUUUUACUUACACAGUUUAUCUGUCAGAUCGCUCAAGGAGGGCAAAGAGAUAAUGAAAGUAAAUUAUUAAUUAAUAUUUCUCACCCAGUAUGUUCCAUUAAGAAUAUUAAGCAUUUAUUCCAUUCCUCAAAGCACAUUUGACUUUGGAUAUUUUUUUUAAGUCUGCCUGCUGAUGAAGUUGCUGCUGUCUCUCUUUGACAGGGCUGUAGGGGCAGGGUGGAAAACACCCUUCAGGAGCUGACCAGAGCCAGGAAUUCCCAGUAUCAACUCACUGACCAGGUUCCCAUUUCCUUUAUGCAUUGUGGACAAAUCUUUUCAAGCCCAACUUGCCACACGCUUGCCCUGACCCAUCCAAGCUGCUUGAAAACAAUUGGUAAAAUUAUGGAGUGAAAACAGCAGCAGGAGCAUCUCCACCUCCAGGGUGUGGGAUGGAGUGGGAUGAGUUUGGGUUUGGAAUGGUGAAGGAAUUCAAGAUGUUGCUGGGAAGGACCCAGGGGUAUUUCACAGCAUCUGGAACUGCUCCCUGAAAAAGGGAAACACCUUGGGAUCUUUCUUGGUGAGAGAACUGAAGUGGUUUGGGAGCUGUCCCUGGAAUUUGAGCUGUGCCUUUGUUCAUUUUCUCACAGAGGUAGUUCAGAGAAUUCUGGAAUGGUUUGGAUGGAAAGGGCCAUUAAAUCCAUCCCAUUUUCCCCCUGCCAUGGGCAGGGACACCUCCCACUGCCCCAGGCUGCUCCAAGCCCUGUCCAACUUGUCCUCGGACACUUUCAGGGAUCCAGGGGCAGCCACAGCUUCUCUGGGAAUUUCAUCCCAGCCACAUCCUCACAGCCCAGAAUUCCUUCCCAAUAUCCCACCCAUCCCUGCCCUCUGGCAGUGGGAAGCCAUUCCCUGUGCCCUGUCCCUCCCUCCCUUGUCCCCAGUCCCUCUCCAGCUCUCCUGAGUCCAUUUAUGCCCCAGAAGGUGCUGGAAGGUUUCCCUGCAGAGUUCCCUCUCAGUUUAACCAAACAUUCCCACCUUGGCACACAGGAACAAUUCAGACAGUUCAGUUCAGCACUUCCUUCCUUCAGAGCUCUUUACUUACACAAAUCUUUCUCCUGUAGAGCUUUGUAAGUCUCAAUCCUCUUUCUCUGGGGCCUUGGAGAAAAUAAAUGCUGUUGGGAUAUGGGAAUGUUUAUAAAUCCAUUGGAUAUAUGUGAUAAAUUUGUAAAGAAUGAUGCAGAAUAGAGAGACACUUUCAGUUAGGGUUGGGUUUGUUCUUUUUAUUUUUUUUUUUGAAUGAAGUAGAUGGAAAUAGGGAAUUUGCAUCAGGAUUGUGGGAGGCCACCCGACCUUCAGGGUCUCCUUGUAGGUGACACACUGGUCCCUUCUGGCCUUAAUUGUGAAUCUAUGACUCCAAAGAGAUAAAAUGUGUCUUUUACCUUUAGAACUUGUUCAGAAUAUUGAAUAGUUUAUAGAGAUUUGAGUUCUGGAGGGGUUCUCUGCAGCAAGAACUUUCCAUCAGAGAACACGUUGUGCCUUACGUCUCUAACCCCAGUUCCAGUUCCAUACAGUAAAAAUCCUGUACCAUUACCCCAAAAAUUCAGCAUAAAUAGAAUUUGAUCAGCUACAACCAUUUCUUUGGGCUGCAGUGCCUCAGCAGCUGAUUUUCACAAAUACCAUUUGCAGAGGGCUUCAAAAAAUCCCACAGCCAGCACAAGCCCUCUUGCUAAACCAAUAUCUCCUUAUUUCCUCCAUGGAGCCUGCAUUCCUGGAAGGAAUUCCUGUGGAGUCUGAGCUCAACCCUCCUCAACUGCUCUGAGCCAUUUGCUUCCCUCUGAAGUUGAUUCUCAGUACUGAAUUUGGCACAUUAUUUUCCCAGAUUUCAGUGCUUCUCAUAGAAAUAAUUUCUUUUAUCUUUUGUGCAAGCUCCUUCACAUCCCAAUAAUCCCAUUUUACCUGGUUUGCCUCUUCUGAAGUGCUCUGACCUGAAGCUGUUGGCCUUGCAGCCUCCAAGUAAGGGAUUUAUGUUGUUUCCACCCUAUAAAAAGCAAUCCAGUGUAGGGCAGGAGCUUCCAGACUUUCUACUCUGGGGUUUCCCAGCUCUCAGACCCUUCUCCCUUCCCUCCUUGCAGUUUGGAUGAUUAGGAAAUCACAGAACUAGCAAUUUUUAAGUAUAAUUUUAUUAUUAUUAUUAUUACUUGGUCUGUCUUCUUUUUUUUACUGGGAAGAUUUGUUUACUGGGAGACAUUCCCCUUUCCUUUGGCCUUUUAGAUGGUGCUGUAUCCAUUACUUACUUGAAGUAUAUAUGAAAUAAAUAAGAACAAUUUUAUCUACUUUGGCCGGUUUAAAAAAAAAAAAAAGUCAGCUCAUAAAUUCAGCCAGUUUACAGCAGGUUCUUCACUUGCACAACCCUGUGUGAAAUCAGGUGGUUGGACCAUGGGAGAGGGACAGGGUGGAAGUGGUUUUUUUUCAUAGAAUCAUGGAAUGGUUUGGGUUUGAAAGGACCUUAAAGCUCAUCCAGUUCCUCCCCCUGCCGUGGCCAGGGACACCUUCCCCUGUCCCAGGUUGCUCCAAGCUGCAUCCAGCCUGGCCUUUUUUUGUUCCAAUUUAUUUUGCCUUGCUUGUCCUGUGUGUUGGAACCUUAAUUGGAACAGUGGAUUUUCCUGUUUUGGGUGCCUGCUUUUAAUGUGGGUGUUUGGGACAGGAUGCCUGGAUUUGCACAGCUUUCCCAGGAGUCUGCUGCUUCCCUUGGACACUUCAUUUCUCCAGGGUUAGGGAUCCCUCACUGCACCCAGAGUAGCUUAUUAUCAUUAUUAUUAUUAUUAUUCAUAAGUUGGUUUAGGCUUGAAAAAUCAUUGGAAAAUCUUGAAGUCACUUUUCCAAAUGAAAAAUUACAGUGAAAACAGAGUUUGGAUUUUGAGCUUCCCAUCUUCCAGUGUUACCCACUGAAUUUUCCAUUCCUUUUUUAUUUUUUUUUCUUCUGUGUGAAUUUGGGUGUCAUCCUGGGCCCUGUGCUGACCUGAAGCUGGUUUUUGGUUGCUGUGGGGUCAGAGCCCUGUUUGGUCUUUCGGGAGGGACAGAUUCCCCAUUCUAUCACCCACUAAAAACCCAAAAGCAAAAUCCCUUUUUCCUUGCUGUUGGCUCCAGGAAUGUCUGUCUGAAUCUCAUCAAAGCCUCCCUGAGAUUUUGCUGCUGGAGUUCUGGAUGGUUCUGGGCAGCACCUCUCCCCCCAGUGCUGCUGGCUGAGGCCGGGAGAGCCCGGUGUCCCGUUGGAAGUCAGAUCCCAUGGGAUGGCACAGUGACAGGCUGUGCCCUGGGGGAAAGCCAGGAACAGCAGAUUGAAACUCAGUUCAGUUUCACAGCAGUGCUGCUGAAGGGUGACGAGUCAGAGUCGGUUGUGGCCGUGGGGAGCACCAUUUUCCUGACACAUUCCUUGGCUGUCUUCCUCUUGGUCUCCCUGAUCCUCCCAAAGCCCGGGAAGCAGGAGAUACCUGCAGUACUUCUUUCAUUUUAGGAUUUUUUUUUUCUUAGUGUCAAUUUUUAAAGUGCCUAAGUGAGGAACAGGACUCCAGAGUGAGCUGGAGGAAUAGGAUUAGACCUCAUUUCCCUCUUAAGAAAAGAGCCCUCCCUGCAUCCCUCCACACAUCCCUCCAGUGAGUCUGGAGCCCAGCAGAAUUUGGCUGGAAAAACUCCCUGUUCUUCCUCGUGCUGCCCCCCUUGGUUCUCACUCUUUUGGGAGGGAUCUCAUUCCUCAGCCAAAUGUUUGCAAUCUCUGAUCUGGGGUGGAUGGCAAAGAGGAUGGAAUUCAGUAGGAAACUGCCUCUUGGAUUGCAGAUAGAAAGAGCUCUGUGUGAUAACCAUCCACCUUUGGAAAAGCAGGUCUGGGUGGAAGAAGCUGAUGUGCUUCUUUAAUCACCUCCUUUGGAAUCACAGAAUGCUUUGGGUUGGAAAGAACCUUAAAAAUCAUCCAGCCAUGGGCAGGGACACCUCCCACUAUCCCAGAUUGCUCCAAGCCCCCUCCAGCCUGGCCUGGAACAUUUCCAGGGAUGGGGUAGCCAAAACCCUUCUGGAAUCCCAAAGGCAGUUUCUUCCUAUAUUCUUAAUUAUUUUUAGGUUUAUCAUAGUGGCACCUGCUAAACAUUUUGUCCAAAUAACCCUGACUAUUGGCAGGUGAUUAUAAUUUUGUAAAGGUGAGAAUUUUAUGUGGGUUUAAAGAAUAGAAGUAUCAGUAAUAGUUCAAAAUAUUUCAUUAAAGGAGGAUUUCUUCUGACCACAGUGAGAGGAGGUAACAGAACACUAUGAAGGAGUUUUAGUAACACUUAAUGGUUCCAAAUGAAAGCAAUCCGUGUGUAGAUGUUUUAUUUUUCAUUAGCAACAAAUUGUUCUCACUCUGACAACAUCCGAGGUGGGAAGGCCUGGGAAAGGAUUGUUGGCAAGGAGAGCUGUGAGGGCAGCCCUGCAGGGGGGAGAAACAGCCUCUGGGGCGUGGAUGGGUGUUGAUAGAAGCAGUAGGUAGAUCCUGUGGGAAUCCAUUGCUGGGGUCCUGAUGGAAAUCAGGACAUUUCCUGAUGGAAAUCUGCUUUUUUUGUGGAGCCCGUGGCACACACAGACCUUGGCCCUGCUCCGAGAUGCCUUUGGGGAGUGAGAUUUUCCUUGAGAAGUGAUUGUCACUGGCAGUGGAUGUUGGUGACAGCAGGUGGAUGCUGUAGUUGAGUGCUGCAAGCCCACGAGUGAGGGCACGGUGGAACAACCUCAGAGCCACACAGAAACAGAGCAGAGCCCCAGCGAAGGCCGGGGAGGGUCUCACAUCCAAAUUCUGCGUGCCUCGACCUUGUCCCGCCGUGCAUCUCCUGUCUGGGCUGUGCUGGGAUGGCUCCAGCUGCCUCCUGUCACUUCACUGUCCCCAGAUACAUCAGUGACACCCCAGACAAGCCGUGUCCCAUCCCUGCCCCGUCCGUUCCUCUGUCAGCCUCUCCCACCCAGCUGCUGGUUUGCCCAGCUGGGCCCUGUGUCUCAUCUGCUGUAGGUGUCCUGCCUACCUCACAGGUAACCAUGGGAUCCUGGAGUGGUGUGCUCACCCUCCAGUCAGUUUUCCAUGAGCACUAGUGCACACUCACACUCACACACACUCACACACACACUGGAAUGUAUAUUCUCCUCCCCCCCCCCAGCCCCCAAAUAACCUCUUGACCUGAUCCUUGCUGUAGCCACCACCAACUCCUCUUGCAAAUUGGAUGCUGCUUUAAAUGUGAAAACAAAUGUUCAAGAAGCUAUAAAACCUGAAUGAAAGCUAAAGCUGAAUUUAUAAAGCCUUGUUGCAUAUGAGCCAAAAGUGCAAAAAGCUCUAUAUAAUGAACUAACCUGCCACUCAUAUAAAUAUAAAUAUAUAUAAAUAUAUUAAAAUCAGACUGUUCUACAAAA